AUGUACGUACGAGACAUAUUUGAUAAGCGCACAGUGUUUGGAGAAUUUUACCAUCUAGUGCAGGAGCUGCGCGAGUCCGACCCAGAAUACCACUUCCAAUACUUCAGGCUCCUUGCAUCACCAGGAUCUCUGGGCCUAGUGGCCAUAAGUUACCGGAUGCAUAAAGCAACAUUCUCGGGGAUCCUUCAGGAAACGCUGCCAGCCAUCAGGGACUGCCUCUCCCCGUUCGUGCUGCAGCCACCCACUUCACAACAGUGGGAAGAGAUCCGGAGGGAGUUCUGCGUCAAGUGGAACUUUCCUAACGCCAUUGGAUCAAUAGAUGGCAAGCGCUUUGCGAUCAGGUGCCCACCAAACUCUGGCUCAAUAUUUCACAACUACAAGAAAUUCUACUCGAUGGUGCUGCUCGCUGUUGUUGACGCCCACUACAGGUUUCGACUGGUGGACAUUGGGGCUGCCGGACACCAGUCCGAUGGCGGUGUGUUGAGAGAGUCUAACUUAGGAAAGGCGUUAGCUGCCAACACCCUCCAGAUCCCUGUAAUCGCACAGCCUGCACCACCUCUGUGCCUCCUGGGGGAUGAAGCCUUCCCGUUGAAAACGUACCUCAUGCGCCCUUUCCCCGGAAGAGGCUUGGACUACCGAAAAAAGGUCUUCAACUACAGGCUCUCCCGGGGCAGGCGUACAGUAGAAAACGCCUUCGGAAUACUUGUGUCUCGCUGGCGAGCGUUUCUGGCUCCCAUGCAUGGCACUGUUGAGCGCUGUGAAAACAUGAUAAAAGCGGGAGUCUGCCUCCACAACUUCCUGACACGGGGUGAAGCCUACCGCCCUCCUGGAUAUGCUGACAGUGAAAGGAGGGGUGCGCGUGUGGAUGGUCAGUGGCGAGCUGACAUUCUGAAUGUUGGUGUCAACAGGAGCCUAGGUGGCAACAGCAGCCCAGCAGCAAUCAGCAUCAGGGACCAGCUGGCAGACCACUUCAUCUCCCCUAGGGGAGCCAUCCCGUGGCAACACGACAUAGUGACGAGGGAGUAG